UGUGUGUGUGAGCGCGUGCGGCGCAGAUGAGCUGCGUGUAGCGCAGAUAUACUGACCGCUGCUCUUUCUCUCCGGGAAUGUUGACCACCGUGGCCUGAAACAGCUCGACACCGUGACGCCUGUAAGGCAUUGCUCUGUCCAUCCUCAAAGAAAAACUGUACAAAAGAACAGAGAAACAACCAUGGCUGUGGCUAGAUGUCCAGAUUAUUUCCUGCAUCAUCCCAGCUAUCAGCAGGACAAUAUAGACCGGUCCUCCACUCACAGACAAACUGAAAUCAUCAGUCCAAGCUUCCAGCCUUCAACCAAUCAGAGUUCAAUGAAUCAUCAAGAGGACGAUGUCGAUUUGGAGGCCCUCGUGAAUGAUAUGAACUCGUCGUUUGAGAGUCUGUAUCCUAACUGCAGUGGUCAGCAAAUGGAAACCACCCCACUAUUGCACAAUGGACAGAUGACGUCUUCCUCACACCAACACCAACACCCUCUUCACUACAACCAUCAUUAUCAUCAGCAUAUGCAACACAACCAGCCACGGCAGGGGCAGCACUCACAUUCACUUUGCCAUGUAUCUCCUGAGCCACCGCCCUACUCGUCCAUUAUGUUGCCCCAAAGCGGCGUCCAACGAUCACAGCCGAUGCACAUCCUUGCUGUCAGGAGGUUGCAGGAGGAGGAGCAGCAGCUGAGGACGUCAUCUCUUCCGGCCAUCCCAAACCCCUUUCCUGAGCUCUGUAGUCCAGCCAGUUCACCUGUACUUAGUCCUGGGUCCCUGCCACCUGGAGAACCCUCCACGUGUGAUUAUGUUGUGAAGAUCUUCAGUGAAGAUGGCAUGGGUAAAGUGGUGGAGAUCCCAGCCGACAUGACAGCCAGGGACUUGUGCCAGCUUCUGGUUUAUAAAAGCCAUUGUGUAGACGACAACAGUUGGGCACUUGUUGAGCACCACCCGCUGCUAGGGCUAGAGCGCUGUCUAGAAGACCAUGACUUGGUGGUUCAUGUCCAAGCCACGAUGAACAGUGAUGGUAGAUUCCUCUUCAGGAAGAAUUAUGCCAAAUAUGAAUUCUUCAAAAAUCCUCUGACAUUUUUCCCAGAGAACAUGGUUGCAUGGUGCCAGGAAACGAACCGUUGUAUUCCCCCAUCUCAGCUUCUGCAGAAUUUCUUAGCAACAAGUACCUGUCCAGAAAUUCAGGGGUAUCUGUAUGUGAAGGAGGUUGGCCGGAAGUCAUGGAAGAAACUUUACAUGUUCCUGCGGCGCUCAGGACUCUAUUGCUCUACAAAAGGAACUUCAAAGGAGCCAAGACAUCUACAGUUACUAGCAGAUCUCGAUGACAGUAAUAUCUUCAGUGUCAUCACAGGCAAAAAGCAGCAUGCAGCGCCCACGGAUUACGAGUUCUGCAUCAAGCCUAAUAAAAGCCGAGGGGAGUCAAAGGAGUUCAGGAUGCUUUGUGCUGAUGAUGAACAGGGCAGGACCUGUUGGAUGACUGCCUUCAGACUUUUUAAGUAUGGAAUUGUUUUAUACCAGAACUACAAGAUCCCUCAACAAAGGAAAACCUUACUUUCACAUUUCUCAGCACCAGUGCGGACUGUGUCAGAGAACUCCCUUGUGGCGAUGGAUUUCUCAGGGAGGAUAGGCAGGGUGAUUGACAACCCUGUAGAGGCUCAGAGUGCCGCCAUGGAGGAGGGGCAUGCAUGGAGGAAGAGGAGUCAACGAAUGAAUAUUCUGGGCUCACACAGUCCUUUACACCACUCCACAGUAAACUCAGUCAUCCACAUAGCUCAGCUUUGGUUCCAUGGCAGGAUAACGAGAGAAGAAUCCCAUCGCAUCAUCCACCAGCAGGGACAAGUCGACGGAUUGUUUCUGCUGCGUGUCAGUCAGAGUAACCCCAAGGCUUUUGUGCUCACUUUGUGCCAUCACCAGAAAAUCAAACAUUUCCAGAUACUACCGUUUGAAGAGGACGGUCAGGUUUUCUUCAGCCUUGACGACGGCGCCACCAAAUUCACCGACCUGAUUCAGUUGGUGGAGUUCUACCAGCUCAACAGAGGAGUGCUGCCUUGUAAACUCAGACACCCGUGCACCUUCGUGGCCUUAUGACACCCUCUGAUCAUCUGACCCCCGGCACUUGACCUAACUCUGCCUAAAUCAAACAAAAAGAAUCUGUCGGUUGGUUCUUUUGUUUUUGUUUUUGUCUUUGUAAGAAGCUGGUGAAUUAACUGAUGUUUGGUUGUUGUCUUUUGUAUUGUCGUGGGUCCGCUGACAUGUUGGAUUUUUAUUAUUAUUAUUAUUUUUUUUUUUUUUUUUUUCUGCAUGGACGUUGAGGAGGUCAAUGCACAUUUUAUUCACAUGGUUCCUCAGAUAAGAAGACAGAGGAAAUGAACACUGCCCUUUGUGUCAAUGCUGUUGCAAAAUCUUCCACAAUCUUGCUGCCCAUAGUCGACAAUAAGCUUGGACCCAGUGACCACCAAUGUUUCAGUUCGUGAAAGCUCAACUGUAGACUGCUGCAUUUACCUGCAUGUGGACAAUCAGCAGGAUCAUUCAAGUUUGUGUGUGUGGACCACUCUGCUUUCACUGAACAAUCACAAAGUCCUCAAAGUACUGUUGAUGGAGAGGAGAUUGUCUUUUAGUUUGCACUCAUCAAAGUGGGAGUGGCCUCUGAAUGUGCUUGAUUUCUUCACCAACUGUGAGAAGGCGUCACCACCCUCUAGUGUCAUUAGCAUGUAAGGACACAUCAAACAUUUAACUGAUGGCAGAAAGGUGUUUGUUUUUGGGUGUGAGAAAACUGCUAUGAAAAAAUGUUUGUUUGUUUGUUUUUUUUUAAUGGACAGUACAGUAACUGUAUCGUCCACCUUCAUUGAAAUUUGUUUGGUCAUCACUGACCGAAAAGUUUAUUUAAUUUUUUUUAAAUAGACUUUCUUUAAUGAAUGCAUUACUUGCAGAUAUGUAUUCUCUUUAAUAAUGUAGUUAUUGCUUCUGGAUAUUUCUCACUGUUCAGUAUUCAUAACGUCCAGAGUAAGGCUGUACUGAUUGCUGUUCUGCACAGUUAUCUUCCCUAAAGUAUUUUAAUUGACUUCCUUCUGCUCUUGAAAUUUAAUCCAGCCAUACACUACACAAUAAUGGAAUACGAGUGUGUGUUUGGCCAAGUUUGCAAAGAAACUUAUGCCAUAGUGUGUAACUGAUCAGAUUGUGUGUUGCUGAGGUGAGACUGUAUCGCAGCAGUUUGAGCGUGCGGUUCUGCUAUCUGACCAAUGGCGUAUUUCCUUUGUCACACCAUAAUGUGUUGGUAUAGUGUUACUUACGUGUUAUUACAGGCAGAGAGACAUGGGGCACAUGGGCGUGCAGACACACUAAACAUUUGUACGUGAUGCAGAUAUAAUUGCACACUCGCCCAUGCUGAAGUUCACAGAACUUCCAUGAUGCAUGUUUCCAUUGUCAAAACAAGAUUAAUCAAAACAACAACAAAAACAAUGCCUGCCUAGAAACAUCAUGAUUUCCAAGGUGUGCACAUGAAGAUGUCCACACCCACAGAGCCGCAGAGUGGCCGUACAGGAAAAGGGAGCGGGGGGUAUAUAGCACUUAAAAUAUUAUUGCAUGCGCACAAUGUAGAAUUUUUUUUUCCCCCCCACAGUUUAAUUUGUAGAGACCAUUUUAGAAGUAUAUAUGGCUGAGACAUUCAUUCCUCCAAUUGCAUGCAUCCAUGUACCUGAGCCAAAAAUAAUAAUAAUAAUUCUGUGGUAAAUGCAUUUCCGUAGGUGCUAUUAUCCCCAUUAACACACAAUAUCAGCCACUCUCAAUUUAGUGUGCUUGGCACAGUGCAUCAGCUAAUCACAUAUGGGAACUAAUUAAACAAAUCAUGCAACAUAAUUGUGUCUUGUGCACAUACAGUAGCAUUUCAAGCGCUUUCUAUGCAGUAAAAUGUGGCCUCAUGGUGUAUGUUUUGGUCUGCGUUGCUCCGGUGCUCUGCAUGGACCACAGAUGGGACCACAAUCCGCUGCACAGCACCCGCUCUCCUUCCUUGCCUUGACAGAGCAGACAACCGGUGUAAACACUGUAAUGUCUAUGCUGAUAUUCUGCCGUUCUUCUGCAAUCCACUUCUGCAUUACUGCAUCGCCAUCGUGCAGUGUGUGCACGGCUUUACACGCAAGCGUUCAUGAAGCUGUGGUGUCAUUCAGAGUAACGGAACAAGCUGAAGUGUAGUUUGCAAGCAGGUAGAAAAUUGUGACUGCAAAGUUAAAAUAUAAACGCAUGUAUAUCAAGGAAACAAUCAAAUGCAACUGAAGCAUUGUCUUUGCAGAAAGUGCAUAAUGCUCCCUGCCGUAUCGAGUAGGACAGUAAAAAGUAUCUGUUUAUCUUUGUGUAACGAGUAGCAAUUUCAUCAAUUUUCCAGAUUUACCUUGACAAAGAAAAGGAAAGACCUAAUCUGCUCACGCACAAAGCACACUUCCCUGCACACUUCUUGUGCGUGCAGGAUGUUUGUGCGGGAGAUUCAGUAUUUUGUGAUGUUUUCUUGGCGCUCUGGACAAAUUGCAAAACUGGUAGUUUUCUGAGUGAAAAAAAUAAUAGGUUUAAUUUAAGCCAUGUCACUCUUAGUUUCAGUGUGUUUCCUCUGGUGUGUGAUGUUUGUGAGUGAUAACUGUCAGAGUGAGAGCAGGGCACUAGAUAUGGGUUCCUUUUGUUUCUGAGUGCUGAGUGGAGAUUGAACUCAAACAUUAAGUCAGUAUCUGUUACCUUUUUUGUUCAGUACUUGCAUAGACUGAGUGUUGGCCAAGAAUGUGGGCAUAGGCAACUUGAUCUUGGGUGCCUUUGUUUGGUGAAGAAAGGUUUAUUGAUUUUGAGUUUAUGGAUGAUGCUGUGAUCUUGGCGAAAUCACUGGAUGCCCUGGUUACAGCACUUAAGAAGUUGAAUGAAGAGUCAGAGAGUCUGGGUUUCAAUCACUGAUGUCAUAGUCGCAGCCAUCAGAAGUAUUUCUGUAUGUGGUGAAAGUGUUAAAAUUAUUGAGAAAUUAAUUUAUCUUGGCAUUGACAUUUGUGUCUCUGGACCCUCAGCCUUUGAGGUUGUAGGAUGCCCCAGUCGUUAGCUCACUGGACAGAAGUGUUUGGUGAUGCUGAUAACUUUACAGGAGAACUCUGGUCCAAGUCUUUUGGGUUAUGGUGCUUCCUGUCUUGCUGCAUGGUUGUAAGACUUGGACACUAACCAGUGGUAUGAGGGGAUGACUGGAUGUCUUUUGUACUUUGUCUCUUCAUAUGACCUUUGGGUACUGCUGGACUUACAUGAUGCAUGCUAUUGGCAUUGUGAUGGAACAUCAGCCACGGCAUUAUGGUCGAGUGGCGCGUUUCUCUGGACGUGUUUCAUGUGAAUGAGUUGGUUGGCAUUCAGGUCCUAAGGUGGUUCCAUCCAUAGUGUGGUGGGUGUGAUGACACAUGUAUCCUCCCAAACCUGUAUAAUCUCAAGAAACUAUAUCAUUGAAUUUGCCUGUGCUCCUGUACUUAAAGGACAUGUUUAGCAUAGUGCCUCUAGGUGAUCUGCAUAAAAUUAUGUGCAAUGUAGACAAUUUUUAUUUUACCCAUAACAAGUAAUCAUGUCUGGCAGAAUGGAACUAAAUGUAGUGCAUAAGCAGGGCAAAUACCAACAGAGGUUCUCACCUUUGAGAAUUUGAGUUCAUGACCAAAGCUUAUGAAUUUUAGGUUCAGAAUCACCCUCUGCAAACUGUCCACACACAGCUGGUCUCUGUCAUGUUUUUAAUGGAACCUUCUAAAGAAUUCAAACAUUAACAUUUUAUUUCAGCUAUUAUUUGGUCGUAGCUGUUUUGGGCCACCAGCCAAAGGUAAAACAGAAUAUAUUUUUAAAUAGUUCAACAUCAGCAGUUUGGUUCACUGGCACAUCAAUUAAAAUACACUAGUCACUAUUGACAUGGAGUGAAUCAGUAAUAUUUUACAGUACUGUUCCAGCAAAAUGUAUUUAUUUAUUGGACGACAGUGAUUACUUGAAAUGUUUUUUUUUUCUUUUUUCUUUCCUCAGCGCUGUUCUCUACCGUGAGAUGAUUGGCUAGUGUGGUUUAAUGUUGAAAUGGCAUACUGUCGGUUUUGUUUGUUUGUUUUGUUAGUUGGUUUAUUUAAUAUAUUUGACUGUCAUCAAAAUUAUAAUGAAGUGAUGUUUUAGGGCAUGCCAAUAUCUGUAAUGUUAAAAUUAUGAUUCCAGUAUAUGAGUGGGAAUGUUGUGGAAACGUACAGCAGAAAGAACUAUUUGGAGUGCAGUUAUGGAUUAUUCUCAUUAUAGAUGGAUUAUUUUUUAUGAUUCGUUAAUGUGAAAAAUAGUUUUCUAAACACAAUCACAAUUUCUAAUCUUUAAACGACUGAUUUGCUUAUAUUUGACUUGUAGACCAAAAUCUUAACUUUUUUUAAAAAAAUAAAUAUACAUAAUAACAUAAUUAAAGAGCAACAUAUCAAAAUUUGGCUUCCCCCUUAGUUAAAUGACAAUUGGUCAGAAUAGGGAUUUUUUUUUUCCCCCUUUGGUUUUUGGUAAAUCAACCAAUCCUUUCAGCUCUAUUUAUUACCAUUUGCAAACCACAUUUUGGCAACCUGGGCUCAGUGAGAUUCAGCUUGCCUUGAGCAAACAAAGCAACAAACUUCCACAUAAUUACUGGUAAUUAUCAGUUAAAAAUUAUUUAAAAUUUGUAAAUGUGCUGUAGAAAUCUAUAACAAUGCUGCCCCUUCAUAAAUUUUAUUUUAUACCCUUCAAACUGCAAUCUACAGUGAUAUUACAUGGGUAACUCAUCUGAUUUUACAACAUUGACUACCUUUUAGCACAAUGAAGAAAUUGAAUCUAGCAAGUCUGUUUUAUCUUUUACAUGAAUGUGGCUCUUAAGUUUAUUUUGUCGGGACUGCUAUGUAUGAUAUGUGGAUAUUUGCAGGUAUCUGGAUACGUUUCAAGGCCUCUUAAACUAUUGACAUAACAAUGAUUUAUUGUUAUUUAUUUUUUUUUUAUGCUAGCUAUUUUUAAUACAAGUCCCCUGGCAUACAGCCUCAUUUAUUGUUAAUCUUCAGACUCCCAUUGUUUUUCAUUUUUGUGACUGAUGUGAUUGGCUGUGGAUAAAUCACUGCGUGACACGUAGCCUUAAAGCUACAAAUGGUAUAAUUGUAGAUGUUAAAUUUAACAACACAGAAAACGUGGUUGUUCAAGUGGUUCGCAUAACAAAUAAAUCAGGGGAUUUGGGGAUCCACACUUUAUUUUUAUUAUUUUUUAAUGUAUAACAGAAAUGAAUGUAACUGGAUUGCUCAGGGUUGAUUUGGAGCUUGUUUAAAACUACUGGUCUGGGAAGGUGGAACAGCACACUUUUUUCAUCUCCAACACAAAUCUGCUAUACGGUUUUGUGGUGAGUUGUGAUUACUUGAACAUAAUUAAGCAGAUUCUGUACUAGUUGCAGUACAGCUAACAGUGUUGCCAGUGCUCUUGUUAAGCCGUUUAUUAGGAACAGACAAAGUUAACAGCUACCUGGUUAAUUGAACUGAUUUCAUGCUCCAUCCUCUAAAACCCCAUGCUGAAUUCUUCAAACAAUGUAUUGUUACAAUUGUCACAAACAGGAGCUCUGACAGUUUGCAUAACCAGGUACUGUGGAGCCACAGAUGAUACCGCUGAUGUUUUCUCUGCACAAACCAGACCUGACCAACUGGCAGACCUCCGAGGGAUAUAUUAACGCUCCCUGCUGUCUAAGUCGGGCUUGAGCUUGAAAACUUUGCAAUUUAACAAAUACUUGAUGGAUACAAAUCAAAAAUGAUCAUUUAAGUGACUAUGAUUUAAAAAAAAAUUAUCUGAAGUAAUGCUCUUAACUUUAGUGAUAGAUUUUCAAUUUGGACUUCAAAGAGCAUUGGCCCCAGGUUUGCAACACAACAUGAAUAAUCAUAUUGGCUUGUGUAUUUUCAUAACAUUGUCACAAUGCAAGAUACCAUGGCUGUAUAAAGAAGUAAAAAUAUAUACAUCUAUAUAAAAAUAAAUUUAUGUAUUUCAGGGAAUGCAACAGACAACAGAAGCUUAUCUCUUUUUGUAAGAGAAAGCUCUUGUUUUCAUGAUGUGCUUUGAGUCAAUCUGUAAAUAACUGAAUGGCAUAUAAAUCUUAAUCAUAACCUUUUCAGGUAUUUUUGUACAAAUAAGGGACUGAUAUAUUCUGUUUAUUGUAAUUAGAAUAAAGCAUUAAUACAUUGCUAUAAAA